AUGUCUCUUUUGCGCGAAGCCGAAAGAUGCAUCAUUAACCAGACGAGUCAUGCAGCUCUCAAUGCCUUUAUAACCCCGCUUCAGCGCUCGGGGCAGUGGAGGGAGUGUGUGAGAGAGGCGGACCUUCGAAGUGAGCAGGGCAAACCAAAAUCCAAAGUAGACGGGCGUCUAGUCUCCGUCAAAGACAAUAUCUGUACCCGCGAAUUCCCAACAACAUGCGCCUCUGCGAUCCUGAAAGACUUCUCCAGCCCGUUUAACGCGACAGUGGUCGAACAAUUGAACGAUGCCGGUGCCGUCGUGGCAGGAAAGACCAAUUUGGAUGAGUUUGGCAUGGGUUCGCAUUCGAUAUACUCGUCUUUUGGGCCUGUUCAAAACUCCCGGGUGUCGCACGACCAAGAGGCCUUGUCGUCCGGUGGUAGUUCUGGUGGGAGCGCUGUAGCUGUCGCGACGGACCAGUGUUUUGCAGCUUUGGGUACAGAUACCGGUGGCUCUGUUAGGUUGCCAGCUGCGUAUACUGGCACUUUUGGAUUCAAGCCGUCUUAUGGAUUGGUCUCCCGGUGGGGUGUGGUCGCAUACGCGAACUCACUGGACACAGUCGGGAUAUUGGGGAAGAGGGUAUCCGAUGUCCAGGAUGUCUUUGGCAUCUUGAAUCAGCACGAUCGACGCGACCCGACGAACCUUUCCCCGUCUUCGCGUUCCCGAAUCCUCUCCAACCUUCAGAUGCCUAAAUUCGCAUCUCGGAUGACAUCUCGACCCCUCAGAGUUGGAUUCCCCGUCGAGUACAAUAUACAAGAACUUGCGCCUUCGGUUCGCCGUGCCUGGUCCAGCACCUUGGAUCGUAUGCGAAAACAAGGCCACACCAUCCUUCCUGUCUCCCUUCCGACUACUAAAUCAGCUUUAUCGGCAUAUUACGUUCUCGCGCCGGCAGAAGCUUCUUCCAACCUGGCGAAAUACGACGGUGUAAGAUACGGGACACGUUCAGAAGGUGGUGACAUGCACCCAGGGGAAGCUCUCUAUGCCACAACAAGAGGGGAGGGCUUUGGACAAGAGGUCCAAAGACGGAUCCUUCUCGGCGCGUUCAGCCUGAGCGCCGACGCUAUGGACAAUUAUUUCAUUCAAGCGCAACGAGUCCGUCGUCUUGUCCAGAAAGAUUUCAAUGACGUUUUUGCGGCAAAUGAACCGCUGUCUUCUCUGCAACCGAAUGAGGGCCAAGAACCAGAUGACGGUGUCGAUAUCCUUAUAUGUCCGACAGCUCCCUCUUCACCUCCAAAAAUCUCAAAGCUUUUGGAUCCGAGCGCCACUACCCCUUUAGAUGGGUACAUGAAUGAUGUGUUCACAGUCCCUGCCAGUUUAGCCGGGCUACCAGCUAUCUCCAUCCCGUCCACUACGGAUUGCCAUGAGGGCGACGAUGAGGGCCCAGCCGGGAUCCAAGUAAUUGGCCAAUACGGCGAUGAUGACCUGGUCCUACAGACAGCGGAUUAUCUUGUACGGUCGAAUUCUUGA